UUUUUCACACACUAUUUCUGACAAGACAACGUGUCUUGUCAUAACAAGAUUGGAAAACCAUGAAUAAAAACAGUGGUUUUCUAUUAUCAUGUAACGUUGAUCAGCGAUACACUUCGGAUAUUAAAAAAUAUAUAAAUAAUUUAAUGCGCGUAAUAGAGCACUGACGCGGGAAGAAAGCGCGGAAACAACACAGUCAAGAGUCAGCACAGUCAAGAUACACCCUACCAGUUAGCUAGCAACUAGCAAGCUAACCUCCCCCCAAAUUGGUUGAGACAAUCCUAUGUCAAAAAUGGAGGAAUACAAGGAGAAUGUUCAAGACAGGGGUGGCAAUGUGAAAUUGUCCUCUAAACCGGAGGAAGAUGACAAGUCUUGCAGCAGAGUCAGAGUUUGUAGUAACAUCGGUGAACCCGUCCCUCAAGCAUCUCCUACUCACGGCGACUUCAGUGAUCCUGUUUACAAAGAGAUUGCUCUUGCAAAUGGACAUAUCAACCGCAUGAACAAGGAUGAGCUUCGGGCCAAACUGGCAGAAUUGAAGCUUGACACAAGGGGUGUGAAGGAUGUGAUGAAGAAGCGGUUGAAGAACUACUACAAGAAACAGAAGCUGUCGAUGACGCAGUCUGUGACAGCGGGUGAAGCCACGGAUACCUACUACGACUACGUCUGCGUGGUGGACUUUGAAGCAACGUGUGAACAGGACAACCCCGCUGACUUUACUCAUGAAAUCAUUGAGUUCCCAAUGGUCCUGCUCAACACGCACACUUUAGAGAUUGAAGACACCUUUCAGGAAUAUGUCAGACCAGAAGUCAACACACAGCUGUCAGAGUUCUGUGUAAAGUUGACAGGAAUAACACAGAAAAUGGUUGAUGACGCAGACACGUUCCCUGAUGUCCUUGAGCGGGUUGUGCUUUGGCUUCAGGAGAAAGAGCUUGGCACAAAAUACAAAUACACUCUUCUUACAGACGGAUCUUGGGACAUGAGCAAGUUCAUGAACACCCAGUGCCGUUUAAAUCGUCUCAGAUAUCCACAGUUUGCAAAGAAGUGGAUCAACAUCAAAAAAUUAUACGGGAACUUCUAUAAGGUCCCUCGCACCCAGACCAAGCUGAGUAGCAUGCUUGAGAAGCUGGGACUAAAAUACGAGGGCCGCCCUCACUCUGGCCUGGAUGACUCACGCAAUAUUGCCCACAUUGUGAUGCGCAUGCUGCAAGACGGCUGCCAACUGCGCAUCAACGAGCGCAUGCACGAAGGACAGCUGCGGACUGUGCCCAGCUCUGCCCCUGUGGAAGGAGCCCCACCCCCACAUACCCCCCGCAGCAGAGACUAGACCUCGGCUCCGCAUCCCCUGGCUCUGAGAGUCCUGCAUUGAGGCCUUCAAGCAGGCAUCCCAUGUCUGUUUUAUCCCCAUGGCUUUAAAAAAAAUCAUAGCACUUUUCCCACUCAAUCGAAGAGUCUGUUUUUAUUUUUAUUUUUUUCAAAAUUGUGGGACUGUGUGGAUAGUUGUUUAAUUGGACUAGUAGUGCCAUCUGCUAGGGAUUUUCUUUAAAGAAUGAUUUUUAAAUUUGUCUUUCAUAUUGUCUGAAAACAAAAACAUCUUUGCUGCUAACCCUCGAAGGCUGAGUUUACACAGGCAGCCCACUUUGGAUCUUUUGCCACUAAUUAACCGUUUGACCAAUCAGAUCAGAUCUCUUGCCCAUAAUUGGGCAAAAGAUCAGAAAUGGGCUGCUAUUGUAAAGCAGCCAAAUUUACUUGACUGUGUCUGUUAGAGGCCUUGCAUGAGUUUUACAGAGCACACAAGGCUUUUAAAAUCGGUUCAAGACAAUUGAGGAUGUCGGCUUUAAGUUUGGUGAAAGCAAUGCAUAUACUUUGUGAUUUACAUGAUACAUUUUUGCACAAGCUCACAUGCAAACAAUGUAUGAACUAUUUAGCUAUUGUCUUAACAAUUUCUUUUAGUACUAAUAAAUAUGUAUAAACUCCAGUAAUUCUACUGCCUUGUUACAAACCAUA